AAACCCUAAACCCUUAAAAUUCAUUUUCCCCAGCCCCCCAGUGCUAGUAGUAGCCUCCACUUCCUUACCCUAAGAUUAGGCUAGCAAUAGGAGUGAGAGUAAAACUCCCUCCUAUAUUCCUUUACCCCGAAACCCUAAUCUCACUCACAGACUCAGACUGAAGAAGACAACAAACACCCUCCAUUCCAACCACCUCAGCGAUGGCCGAUGUAGACCUCAAUCAUUCCGGGAAGAAGAAAAAGAAGUCCAAAUCCAAAGACGAACAAACCCCACCACCCGCCGCCGCCGCCGCCGACGCAACCACCGAUGAUUACCUCAUAAAACCCCAGAGCUUCACCCCUUCAGUCAACACAUCCGACUGGCCCAUACUCUUGAAGAACUACGAUCGCCUCAACGUGCGAACCGGACACUACACCCCCCUCCCCUCCGGUUACUCCCCUCUCAAGCGCCCGCUCGCCGAGUACAUCAGGUACGGUGUCCUCAACCUAGACAAACCCGCCAACCCUUCCUCCCACGAGGUCGUGGCCUGGAUCAAACGCAUCCUCCGGGUCGAGAAAACGGGUCACUCCGGAACCCUCGACCCGAAAGUCACCGGUAACCUAAUCGUCUGCGUGGACCGGGCCACCCGGCUCGUUAAGUCCCAGCAGGGUGCCGGCAAAGAGUACGUGUGCAUCGCUCGAUUGCACUCGGAGGUUCCAGACACGGCCAAGGUGGCCCGGGCGCUGGAAACCCUAACCGGAGCGGUCUUCCAGCGCCCGCCGCUUAUCUCGGCUGUCAAAAGGCAGCUUAGGAUUAGGACUAUUUAUGAGGCUAAGCUGCUUGAGUAUGAUGUGAAUAGGCAUUUGGUUGUGUUCUGGAUAUCUUGUGAAGCUGGGACUUAUGUGAGGACCAUGUGUGUCCAUUUAGGAUUGAUUUUGGGUGUGGGAGGGCACAUGCAGGAGCUGAGGAGGGUUAGGUCUGGGAUUAUGGGGGAGAAGGAUAACAUGGUGACGAUGCACGAUGUUAUGGAUGCUCAGUGGAUGUAUGAUAAUUAUAGGGAUGAGACGUAUUUGAGGAGGGUGAUAAUGCCGCUGGAGGUUCUGUUGACGAGUUAUAAGAGGUUGGUUGUGAAAGAUUCGGCCGUGAAUGCGAUUUGCUAUGGGGCGAAGUUGAUGAUACCGGGGUUGUUGAGGUUCGAGAAUGAUGUUGAGGUUGGGGAGGAGGUUGUGUUGAUGACAACUAAAGGGGAGGCAAUCGCUUUGGGUAUUGCGGAGAUGACUACGGCUGUGAUGGCGACUUGCGAUCAUGGUGUGGUUGCGAAGAUUAAGAGGGUGGUGAUGGAUAGGGAUACGUAUCCAAGGAAGUGGGGGUUGGGGCCUAGGGCCUCGAUGAAGAAGAAGCUGAUUUCGGAGGGGAAGUUGGAUAAGCAUGGGAAGCCGACUGAGAGCACCCCGGCUGAGUGGUCGAGGAAUUUGAUUGCUCUUCCCGCUGGAGGGGAUUCUGUGGUUGCUAGUCUUGCUGCUGGGAGUGAGCCAGUGGCGGCGGUUACAGAGGUUGCUACAGUGGAGGGAGAGAAGAAAAAGAAGAAAAAGCAUAAGGAUAAGGAAGAUGAUGAGGAGGGGCGUAAGAGGAAAGUGGAGGAGGUUGAUGGUAGCCCUGCGCCACAUGUUGCAAAGAAGGUGAAGGCUGAUGGAGAUAAGGAAACAGCAGAGCUGAAAGAGGAAAUUGAACUGAAGGAAGAGAAGAAGAAGAAGAAGAAAAAGAACAAAGAAGCUGAUGAAGAGGUAACUCCAGAUGUGGAGAAGGCUAAGAAGGAGAAGAAGAAGGACAAAGUGAAGGAUGCAGUUGGUUCGUCGGAUGAGGAGAAAUCGGAGAAGAAGAAGAAGAAGAAGAAGAAGAGCAAAGAUGCUGAGAAUGGCGGUACUGAUGAUGGGGCAAACAAAAGCGAGAAGGAGAAGAAGAAAAAGAAGAAUAAAAACUCCGAACAAGAUUAGAUGAAGUAUUGCGGCUUUGAUCAAGAAAAUACUCAUAAAUGUAUGUUUACUGUUGCCUCAUCUAAUUUGCAAGGGUGGUUCAAAGAUUUUGUGAUCUUUUGCCCUUUUCUGGACAACUAUUGUUUUCUUUUAUCUUCUUGUAUCAGAAUGUUGUUUUCUUUGUUUGGAUUAGUAAUUUGGUUUUGAGUUUGUGUUUUGUUUUUCA